CCGGCGGCGGGCGCGGGAUGGAGACUGGGUGCUGGUUGCUAGGGGGCGAGUUCGAGGACUCGGUGUUCGAAGAGAGGCGGGAGCGGCGGCCUGGACCGCCGGCGUCCUAUCGCGCCAAGCGCUGCGAGCCGCAGUGGUUUUAUGAAGAAACGGGGAGCAGUGAUGAUGUUGAAGCUCUGACUCUGAAGAAAUUCCAAGGGGACCUUGCCUACAGGCGGCAGGAGUAUCAGAAAGCACUGCAAGAGUACUCCAGUAUCUCUGAAAAACUGCCGUCUACAAAUUUCGCCAUGAAAAGGGAUGUCCAGGAAGGCCAGGCGCGGUGUCUGGUUCGCCUGGGAAGGCACACCGAGGCGCUGGAGAUCGCUGCAAACUUGGAAAAUAAAGCAACUAAUAUAGACCAUUUAACCACUGUGCUCUACCUCCAGUUUGCUAUUUGUUCAAGUCUGCAGAACUUGGAGAAUACAAUUCUCUGCCUACAGAAACUGAUUUCUUUGCAUCCUUUUGAUCCUUGGAACUGGGGCAAAUUGGCAGAGGCUUACCUGAGUCUGGGUCCAGCUCUGUCAACAUUGUGUGCGUCAUCACAAAAACAGAACAGUUUUACCUCCAGUAACAAAACCAUCAAAUCCGCAUUUACACACUCAGGAAAAGACUGUCGUUUGUGUUUUCCUGAAACGUUGCCUGAGAGCCCUGUGUUUUCUGUGGAAGCAAGCAGCAGUAAUAACCAGAAGAAUGAGAAGGCUCUGAAAAAUAUUCAGAACUGUGUGGGAGGAAAGAGAGAGGCAGUGUUGCUGGAGACUCAGAUGAAAGCAUGUGCCUCUUUUAUACGAACCAGGCUUUUGCUUCAGCUCACCCAGUCUCAGCAAACCUCAUUUGCUUUGGAGAGGAACUUAAGGACUCAGCAGGAAAUUGAAGAUAAAAUGAAAGAGUUCGGCUUCAAAGAAGACACUUUGCUGUUGAUAGCUGAGAUCUGUCUUCAACAUGGCUGCUGCCAGGUGUGUCUCACAGCAUUGCUUCGAACAUGUUACCUGAUGCUCGAUACCUGAAGUUGUGUCAGCCAUCACGUCAGAGGUUAGGUGCCUCCAAUGACACCCAGGGCCUUCCGGAGAGUAACCCCGAAAUUAGACCUAGUAGUUCCUCACACCAAUCUUGUACAUCCUUUAGACUGGUCUACCGCAUCUAACAAACUUGUCAUGGGUUUCCUCAUCUCCACAAAGACCCUGCCGAAGUUCUGCAUCCUCUGGGAAGCUUUCCCUGAGUGUCCCUAUCCGUGGCAGCGGAGCUCAGGUAGAGCGAAUGGUUGAAUGGAUAGCUCUUUGGGCCCUAAAAAACAAACAAACAGACAGACAAAAAAUACAAGAAUAUAUCUUUCCAACUAGAUUUUAGAUUUCCUUAAAAGUAAGGUCAUCCUUAUAAGGAGAUCUUAAACAUCUUCAUACUUUCGCCGUGCUUGAUAGAUCCGUGGGCUGAGAGGAAUCGUAGUUUUCCAUCUGUACAAUGCAUGUGACAUACCUGUGGAGCUUUUUAAAAAAGCUCAGUGUCUGGGGCCUCACUGAGAUUAUAAUGUACAUUUCACUUUGUGCUCUGUUCAUUUUAUUUUGCGACAUGAGCAGGACCCUGUGUCCUUAAAUAUCCUUUCAUUGCAUACUUUUUUUCUCUUUUUUAUAGAUGUUUCAUUUGAAUUAGGAUCCAUAUAAGGUCCACAGAUUGUAUUUGGUUCCUCUGUCUCUUACAUUCUUUCAUUCUGUAAUAGCUCCUCUUCUCUGUUUUUUUAAGAUAAAAAAUAUAUGUAACCUAAAAGUUGCCAUCUGAAUCGUUGUUUAGUGUACAAUUCAGUACUUACCUGCACAGUGUUGUGCAACUAUCACCACUCUUCCCAAAACUUGUUCAUCAUUCCAAAGAGAAACUCUAACCAUUAAGUAAUAAUUCCCAUUCCCCCUCCUUUUGACCCCUGGUGACCUCUAAUCUCCUUUCUAUGUCUGUGAAUUUGCCUGUUCUAGGUGUUUGAAGUAGUAGAAUCAUAUAAUAUUUGCCUUUU